GAAAGGAAAAAAAGGUUGCUUUACUAUUGAGUAUGGAUCAUCAUGGGUAUAACGUCUUAGACAUCAGCCAAAGAAGGCCUUGUGAGAACUAGUAGGAGGAGGAGAGAAGGUCAUAAAUACUACUGUUGAUGAAACCAAUAUGAUGAUGAAUAUGGUCCAUCAUCGUGAUAAUCACCACCGUCCAUUAAUCCAAUCCUGUAUGCCUAAUACUGGUGAUGGUGAUGGUGAUGGUGAUGGUCCCGCAUUUAACAGCAGUAAUAUAUACGAUGUUGUUGUUGAUGCUGGUGGUUUUGGUGCCGUUGCUGUUGCUGCUAGUGAUGGUGCAGUUGGUGUAAGAACUUUGCAGUUCAAAUCCUCUGGAGACAUGGCAGCAGCUUUGGGGUAUUCUUUUACAAAUGCACAGUUGAUGGAGCUUGAGAGACAAGCAAUGAUAUACAAGUACAUGGUGGCCUCUAUUCCUGUGCCUCCUCAACUUCUCUUUCCCAUAACUUACUCAGACCCAUCUCCACCCUACUCUUCCUGUGGCCUUAAUCGGAGGUUGUCAAAUGGGACAGAUCUUGAGCCGGGAAGGUGCAGGAGAACAGAUGGGAAGAAAUGGAGGUGCUCAAGAGAUGUGGCGCCUGACCAGAAGUACUGUGAGCGUCACAUGCACAGAGGUCGUCCCCGUUCAAGAAAGCAUGUGGAACUUCAAGCCAACAAGAAGACUCGCUAUAGUUCUAAUCUUUCUGUCAACAGCACCAGUACUAGUGGUAGCUCUGCAUCUCAGUUCGUUGGAGCUGUUUCAGAGGCAUUUCCCCAAACACCUUUGUUAACUGAUAAAACCAGUGAUAAAGCUCCCAACUUUAACGAUUACAGGAGCUUGGAUUGGAUGAUCAUAAAAGACUCAACAAGUGAUCGACAAUGGCUUCAUAAUACCAAUAUAGGAGCACACACGAACAUCUCUCUUCUCAACCAAGCGCCUCUGGAUCUGAAUAUGUAUACAGAUUUCAGUGUGAGUGAAGAUCAUCAUCAAAAAAUUAAUAAUUAUGAUCAUCAUCACCAUUUGUUUCCUGGUGUGGAGUCUUCUCUGGAGAGAGGACUCGCCGAGAGCCCUGGAGACUUCAUCGAUGCCUGGUCUGAGGGACCCAAUAAGAACAACUCCAUUUCCUCAAAUGGGAACUUCUCACUUUCCUCUUCACUCACGCUAUCAAUGGCCGCUCAUAACUCCAUGAAUGACGAGAUGGGCCAGAUCCUUAUGGGGCUAGGCCUUAUAGAAUCGGGCCAGGGCCAACCCACUUCAUGGGUGGCCUCCACACCUCGUGGCCCAUUAGCAGAGGUACUAAGACCUAGCAUCAUUGCCGGAAAUGGAGAUUCUAGCAGCCCUCAGGCGACCUCUGUGUCCUCUCCAUCUGGGGUUAUUCAGAGAACAAUCGCUUCAUUAUCCGACAGCAGUGGGAGUAGCAGCCCAACAACAUUGACCAGUUCAUCCAGGACCAGACCUGAAAUUGCAUUGAUGUGGGUGGAUCAAGAGAAAUUAGGUUCUUGUGGUUGAGUUCUUAGAGUGCUUCGUUUGAUUCUUAUGUGUUUUCCUUUUCGGGUUUGCAGUAAUGAUUUGUUUUCUUGGUGUGGUCAUUUGAAACAGCUUUUUAGGUGUUGUAUUGUUUAUAAAUUCCAAAGGUUGAGAAUGAAUCUGAAUUCUGAAGUCUGUGGACUAGAAUACAAGAAUGUAUGUCUUGAUUUUAUAAGCGUUGUACAGGUAUUGCUCUUGAUUUCAAUAUGGUUCCCGUUGUGAUUGGCAGGCAGGGGUAUUAGGGUGGUUGGGAAAGGAGGUUUUGGAGGUGAGGUUGGGGAGGGUUCAAAAUGGUAGUUGGGGAAGUUAGAGGUGAAAGUGGGGAACCCUCCUCACCUAGUUGAGAUGGAGAGUGACGUUUGGGCUAAGGCAACUGUUUUCUGUGUUACAUUUUCAUGGAUUAAGGCUUUACUUUCGAAUACGUAUAUUUGUAAACCUGCUAAAUUACUAGAAACAAUGUGCAAUUUUUGUGUAUAUUCAAAGUCUUUUGAG